UCAAAAUAAGAGGAUUUUUGGUAAACAAUAGUCAGCUGCAGGGAAUUGCGUAUUGUACCCCAAAUUGAAAAGAAUAAACUGCAUAACUCUCCCCUUUCUGAUGUUAUCUUGGCGAAGUUUUGCCGUUACUGUACUUGAGGAGAGUUAGAGCAGACAAAUGAAUCUCGCAAGCCUAGGUCGUAGACAGCCAGAUUCGCCUUUAUUAUUUGCUACGUUUAAUCAAGAUUGCACGUCCUUGGCAGUUGGCACUGAAACAGGUUACCGGUUAUUCUCACUUAAUUCUGUUGACAAACUCGAACCGAUCUAUGAAAAUGACAAUGAGGAUAUCUGCAUUGUUGAACGACUGUUCUCCAGCAGUCUCGUUGCGAUCGUUAGCUUGUCAUCUCCGCGUAAGCUGAAGGUGUGUCAUUUCAAGAAAGGUACGGAAAUAUGCAACUACAGUUACUCCAACACUAUCCUGGCUGUAAAGCUCAACCGAAUGCGACUUAUCGUUGCGCUGGAGGAGAGUCUAUACAUACACAAUAUCCGUGACAUGAAGGUUCUGCACACGAUCCGAGAGACCCCGCCCAACCCGCAAGGACUGUGCGCCCUGUCUAUCAGCAAUGAUAAUUGCUACCUAGCCUACCCUGGCAGUAGCCAUAUAGGGGAGGUACAGAUAUUUGACACGGUAAACCUACAAGCGGUGAACAUGAUCCCAGCUCACGAUAGCUGUCUGGCUGCACUCGCUUUUGACUCAACUGGCUCUAAACUAGCAACAGCAUCAGAAAAGGGAACCGUUAUUCGUGUGUUUACUAUUCCUGAAGGCCAGAAAAUUUUUGAAUUCCGACGAGGUGUAAAACGGUGUGUGAGCAUUAGUUCGUUGGCAUUCAAUACUGAAUCAACAUUCCUCUGUGUGUCCAGCAACACUGAAACUGUUCAUAUUUUCAAACUGGAAACGACUAAAGAAAGUAGCAAACCUCAGGAAGAGCCUAGUACUUGGAUGGGGUACCUGGGGAAAGCACUGAUGAAUUCUGCCACGUAUUUGCCCUCACAAGUUACUGAGGUGUUCUCACAAGGCCGAGCAUUUGCCACAGUUAAGCUACCUUUCUCUGGUAUUAGAAAUGUUUGUGCUCUAGUCACGAUAUCCAAACCAAGGGUGUUGAUUGCAGCAGCUGAUGGCUAUUUGUAUAUCUACAACCUAGAUCCUACUGAUGGAGGUGACUGUACUUUACUCAAGCAACAUAGACUUGAUGGUGCUGAGAAUACUGAAGCCCCCGCUGAUGGUGCCGAAGGUGAGAGCAACCCGGGUGGAGAGGAGUGGGCCGAGCGGCCUUCACUAACUCGAGGUACUUUUGCAGCAGCGGCUGCCUCUAAUGUACACACACAAUCUUCACCACAUACUACCAAGGCUACAGAUUAUGCUCAGGCUACUGAAAAAUCAACAAGACCGAAGACAGAUGAACUUCUAAGUGAGGCUGUUGAGGAGGGUAUACAACGUGAGGGCACUCUACCUCUCCACGAUGAAAACGAAUUUCCACCAAUGACGCAUUACACAGACUCAUAAAAAUAUCGAUCGAAAAGUAUUCAAAAACCGUUUAUGAGAGGAGAUUGUGUUAUCCCAUAAUAGGGAUACUUACAUUUGCCAUGUUUUCCUUCGAAUAAUUCCAAGCACAUUAAACUGUACUGUAUUCAAGUUUCCUGUGAUUGGUUAGUGUUCUUGUUUCUGCUUGAAUUUACUUACCUGCAGUGGUGUUUGACCCCCUUAUUUUAAUGCCAUGUGUGUGAGGUGUGUUACCAUGGAUACUGCUGCCAAAUCUUUGAUUUUAAGAUCUUUUUUUUUUCAAGUUUAAUGUAACUAGUUUGUAAUGGCUAAUUUUAAAACUUUUUCUGUUACAAAUUCAUUUUUUUUUUUUUAUUUUUUUUUUUUUUUAAAUUAAAGUAGAAUUUAACAUUACUGAUGUUAAUUUUAUAUAUAUAUUUUUUUCAUAUUUUUAUGUUUUCCUCCUUUAAGUUGUUUUAAGAAAUUUAUCAACAGGAAAGUAAAAUAAUAUGAUAUACAAUAUAUGUAAUAUUAUAUUAGAUAUGUUAUAUAAAUACCAAUAUAUAUAUUGUAUGUUUAUUGCAUAGAACAGAAAAGGUUUAAUCAAUCCUAUAGUUUAGCUUUGAUCCAUUUAUAUAAAUGGGAAGGGAAAACAGUUAUAAGUUUGAAUAGCAUUUAUAAGGUUUUUGAUGUAGACUUUACAAUUACAGAUUAUAAAUAAGUAUGAUAUUAAUACAAAAUUGAUUAUAUUUUGUGAUCUCAAAAAUAGUCGCUUGUAAAUAUGUCCAAGCUUUACCAGACUAAAUUUGCCAGUUCAUAAGCAUGUUUAGAAUGCUUUUUAACGGAUUGUGAAAAAAAAAAUAUCUUGAAUUGUUUGCAACUUUGUAGAAAUAGCUUGGCGUACUUUUUGUUUAAAUUAAUAUUUCCACUCAACAGUUUACCGUCUUUGCUUCAGUAUUAUUGGUGUGUGCUUUGUUUACCAUUCUGGGUCCUUGACUUCCCACCAUGCACUAGUUUAUGCGGCCUUCCCACUUCAUCCCUUAUAGGGUGUGUUGGUGAUCAUUCAUAGUGGCCAUUUGUAGCAUAAUUAUGGAUUUUGGCAUAAUUUGGACCCCCGUAGCAUGUAGCAUUAAUGCUACACUUAAUUUCAGGAAAACGUAGCGUAAUGUAGCAUAAUUAAUUGAUUGUAAAUUUCGUUAAAUUGCAAAAAAAAAAAAAAGUACCAUUUCCGAGCAUCUAGAGGUGCAUAUUCUUUAAAUUUUCUCACCUCACCUAAAAAGGCAAUUAGGAAAGGGAUGUUCAGGGAACAUGUUAAAUCUAUUUUUAACCAAAUACGUUAGUUUGAAUGUCAUAAGUACUGUAUACCCAACUGCCGUAAAUCCCAUGUGUGUAUCCACUAUUGAAGCGCAGCAUUCUGUGGUAUAAUUUCAUUUGUCACAGUGGCCACGCUGUGAUUUCAAUUAGUUCUGGUAUGUCUCCUUGUAGGGGUGUAAAUAAUGUGUUCUGCUUGUUAAUGCCCUGUGUCCAGAUUACCAAAUUUUAUUUGAUCAAAAACAUGUGAUAUGUCUAAAUUUGGUCAUAAUGACAUCACAUCAUGACCAUAUAUAGGCACAUCAUGACUAUAUAUGGGUGUACAACAGUUUUUUUGUCAAAGAAAAUUUGAUAUAUCCAGGGUUUCAAGGAUCCUACAUCAGCACACUCUUAUAUUUCAGAAAAUAAAAAUCAUUUAAAAAAAAAUUUCCAAAAAUAAAAAAAAUAACUUAAAAUGAAAUGAAUAUAUGAAAAAAAGGUGGGUCGGAUUUAGAGUAGUGGUAUACCUAAAUGGGAACAUUGAUCUCUGCAUGAAUGUUUGUAAUUGUAUCACUCUGUUUUUUUAGCUUAUCUUUUUUCUCUCCGUGUGAAGGUACUAUAUUCAGUUAAAAUAUUGUUUAAAUAGGAGUCAUGUCUGGCUAACGUAAUUACCUUAUAGUGUAAUUUUGACAAGUCAGGAUGGGGGGGGGGAAAUACACUUAGUAUUUUGAUUUGGCAUUUAACUUUUAAUUUGUUCAGCAUUUCUAUGCGAGUUGUUUGGCGCAAAAGUGUGACAUCUGUACUGUAAACAAAAUUACUUUAUAUAGGCCUACUAUAUGUCAUGUAAGUAAUAUUUCUCUGUUGAAUUUGGAUGUUACAAAUAUUCAAAUGAUAUUGCACUGUAUUAAAACAAAACAAAUUAAGUCGUA